AUGAUGGGCUCGGUGCUGCCCGCCGAAGCCCUGGUGCUCAAGCCCGGGCUGAAGCCGCAGGGGCUCUCCCUGGCCGAGGUGAUCACGUCCGACAUCCUGCACAGCUUCCUCUACGGCCGCUGGAGAAACGUCCUGGGCGAGCAGCUCUUCGAGGAGAAGAGCAGCCCCAAGACCGCCUUCACGGCCGAGGUCCUGGCUCAGUCCUUCUCCGGAGAGGUGCAGAAAUUGUCCAGCCUGGUGCUGCCGUCAGAAGUGAUCAUUGCGCAAAGCUCCAUCCCCGGAGAAGGGCUGGGCAUCUUCUCCAAGACCUGGAUCAAGGCCGGGACCGAGAUGGGACCUUUCACGGGCCGGGUCAUCUCGCCGGAGCAUGUGGACCUGUGCAAGAACAACAACCUUAUGUGGGAGGUUUUCAACGAAGAUGGCACCGUGCGGUACUUCAUCGAUGCCAGCCAGGAGGACCACCGGAGCUGGAUGACCUACAUCAAAUGUGCCCGCAACGAGCAGGAGCAGAACCUGGAGGUGGUUCAGAUCGGGAACAGCAUCUUUUACAAGGCCAUCGAGAUGAUUCCUCCAGAUCAAGAGCUGCUGGUCUGGUAUGGGAACUCCCACAACACCUUCCUGGGCAUCCCAGGCGUGCCGGGGCUGGAAGAGGAGCAGAAGAAGAACAAGCACGAGGAUUUCCACGCGGUGGAGGCGGGCGCCAGCACCACGGGGCGCAUGCGCUGCGUGAUCUGCCACCGCGGCUUCAACUCCCGCAGCAACCUGCGCUCCCACAUGCGCAUCCACACCCUGGACAAGCCCUUCGUGUGCCGCUUCUGCAACCGCCGCUUCAGCCAGUCCUCCACCCUCCGCAACCACGUCCGCUUGCACACCGGCGAGCGCCCUUACAAGUGCCAGGUUUGCCAAAGUGCCUACUCCCAGCUCGCCGGGCUCCGGGCCCACCAGAAAAGCGCCCGCCACCGGCCCCCCAACGCCUCCCUGCAGGCUCACUCGCCGGCCCUGCCCGUGCCCCAUCCUGCCUCCUUGGCCCAUCACAUCCCCACCAUGGUGCUGUGA